AUGCGCAUGGAGCUCGGCAACAUGAGCGCGAAUUCCACAGAAUAUAGCAUCAGCGUGAGUGAUAUGAUGCAGGUGCUUUUUGAAGUGAUACUUAUGGUGUUCAUCUGUACCGUCAACACGUUGACGCUGAUCGUAGUGUGCCUCAACCGGAACUUAUGGACUAUACACAACAUGUACAUUAUAUCGUUGGCGGUUGCGGAUCUCCUCACGGGCCUGUCGCUCGCCUACCAAAUUGUGUUCCACAUACCGGAGAUAAAGGCCCUGCUCGACCAGAAUAAAUAUCUCUGUCUCUGCAGACACGUGGUGUUCUUUAUCAUGAUCAUGGCUUCGGUUACGAACAUGGUUCUCAUUGCGGUAGACAGAUGGGCGUGCAUUGCGUAUCCUUUCAAAUACGAACAUCUGGCGACCAUUCCGAAGGCAGGUGUGCUGAUAGCGAUUUCCUGGAUUAUUGGGAUCAUUCUUGGGGCAGUUCCACUGUUUCUCAAUAACUGGGAUCUCAGGUAUGGUUGCCUGUUCUUCAAAGUCCUCACCAUGGAGUACCAAGUAUACUGUCAGGGAGGGACGUUUCUUUUGUGUUCAAUCAUCAUUGCAGCCUGCUAUUGUCGUAUAUUUUGUAUUGCCAAGAGACAAAGAAACAGUAUUAACACGAUAACCACAGCGUCUAACGUAGGAACCAGUGAAAGACGAAUGACCAAACUGAAGAAAGACAGCGAGUUGGUUAUGAUGUUCUGUGUUGUCUUUGUCGUCUUCUUUCUCUGCAGUGCCCCGGCUUUCAUAUUCGUGGUCGUAUCUUACACGGCGGGGGUUUCAAAAUCCGUGAACAGUUUCACCGUUCCAAUUAUUACGAUCAACUCUGGGAUGAACUUCUUUAUAUAUGUGGUGAAAAACUUACAGUUUCGAGCGGCUCUCAAAGCUACGUGUUCAAACUGUCGAACAACAGUGGUUGGUACUAGUUAG